AUGACAGCCUCUCAGCGCACAAAGGAGCCGUCGGAUAAGUCUGCAUCUGCCGCCGACCGGAUCGAGAACGCGCAUGGCGCGCCGGAACCAAGGAUCGCGACAGAGGCAGGUAGCUCUUCUGCGGCUCAGGAAAGCCCGCGCAAGAGGAAGGCCGCUGGAAUCACAAUGGGCCAAAAACAGGCGCUCAUCGACAACCUCCAGCUCGAAAUCACCGAACGCGCCCGGAAACUUCGCGCGCAGUACAAUCUUCAGGCCCAGGGUCUUCGAACACGCAUCGAGAUCCGCGUCAAUCGCAUUCCUAUGGCGUUGAGGAAGUCGAAGAUGGGAGAGCUCGCAGACAAGCACAAGAACGUGCCAGCAAAAGACACCCCUGGGGCUCGCCCGAUCUCGCAAGCGACCUCUCAGACCACCACGGCACCUAAACGGGGACCUGGUCGGCCACCUAAGCGAACUAGUGAUCAAAUAUCGGGGACUGGCAAAGAGAACGAAACCGAGCCCGCAGAGCUAGAGCAGCCCAAGAAGAGGACUCGAAAACAGGCACCUCCUGCGGACUCGGCCAAGGCGUCCAGGGUCCUGUCGCCGGCAUCAUCAAAUACUCGCACUCUUCCUCGUACCACGCCUGGUGGCAAGCCGUUGUUGUCCAGACCUGGUCUAGCCACCGUGGCCGGACCAUCUUCGCCCACGAAAUCGCCCUCAAAACAACACAGCUCGUCGAAUCUCUUCAGCAACCUCGCAGAGAAGGCUCGAUCAACACGCACAGCUGCCGCGGGACGGAAGCAGGCGGCGUCCACCUCCACCACUGCCAGUUCCACCGGUGGAUCGGCAAGAGGGAGGAAACCAGCGGCCACUGCGACCAUAAGUGAGGCGACAUCAAAGACUGCGCGGAGAGUUAGUGGCAUCAGCGAGUCUAGCGAGAGCAGCACGUCGACAGUCGUCAAGAAGGGGGCAGGAAAAGCGGCUCAGACCACGACAAAAGAGGCCGCGCCUGCGAAGAGGACCGUGAUGGGCACGAUCAGGAGGGGCGUGGCUGGUGCUGCGUCCAAGAAAGCCGCGGCAGCAAAAUCAGCCAAAACGCCCGCUUCGACGGCCACGGGCAGGGUGCUGAGGAACAGGAGUUGA